AUAUGGUCAUUGUAGGGUCACUCUCAAUAAUAUUUUCCCUUCCCAUUGCUUACAGUCUCUCUUCUUGUAAUUUAAAUCAAACCUUCUACCCCAAUUCUCUCUCAGAGCUCAGAAUCUGCAGCUCUACCACUUCUUCCAAAACCCCUCCAUUAUGAAGAACGCUAACAGCAACACAAAACUAAUCCUUCUCCACCCUUAUAUCCAAAAACAAGGAAGCUCCAAUCGCCUAUGGCUUUUAGCCUUCAUAUCCUUCUUUACAUUAGCCUUCCUUGCCACCCUUAUUUACACAAGAGACACAACCUCAUCUUCCUCUACCACUACCUCUUCCACCCCAUUAUCUAGUUUCGCUAACACCCCUUUACCAUCCACUGUAAUCAACACCCUCCUCCACUAUGCCUCCAAAUCCAACGACACCUUCCACAUGCCCCACUCAGACCUAAAAACCAUCUCUGACGUGCUCCGAAAGUGUCCCUCACCAUGCAACUUCCUCAUCUUCGGCCUCACCCAUGAGACCCUCCUUUGGAAAGCCCUCAACCACAACGGAAGAACCGUCUUCAUCGAUGAAAACCGGUACUACGCCGCGUACUUCGAAGAAAAACACCCUGAAAUCGAUGCCUAUGACGUGCAAUACACGACCAAAAGGAGCGAGUUGAAGGAGCUGAUAGCUUCGACGAAAGAACAGGUGGGAAACGAGUGCAGGCCAGUGCAGAAUCUUCUGUUUUCUGAGUGCAAGUUAGGGCUCAAUGACCUUCCAAACCAUGUUUAUGAAGUGGAUUGGGAUGUGAUAUUGGUGGAUGGACCGAGGGGGGAUUGGCCGGAAGCUCCCGGAAGAAUGUCUCCGAUCUUCACCGCUGGCGUUCUUGCCCGGAGCAAGAAGGGUGGGAACCCCAAGACGCAUGUGUUUGUGCAUGACUUCUCAGGGAAAGUGGAGAAGGUUUCUGGGAAUGAGUUUUUGUGCAAGGAAAAUUUGGUCGAGGCUACUCAUAGUUUGGGACACUAUGUGCUGGAAAAAAUGGACGAUAGUAGCGUUCAGUAUUGUAAGAAUCAUUCAUCAGGAUCUGCUUAGUUGGUGUCUUCAAUGUUACUAUAUAUAUAUAUCGUCCAUCUGGGUAUUUAAUAUAGUUUCCCUGUUUACUUAUUGGUUGGAGCAUGUAAAAGAUAAUUCUUUCUUUCUUCUUUAAUUUUUUUCGUUUUUCGUUUUCUGGCACCGAAAAUUGUAAUUUCUUCAAGGAAUUCAUGCUUCCAAAUUUCAGUUGAGGAUGUUUAUUA